AUGCACCUGGAAUCAUCUGAGGCAAAGUUGAGAUCAUCUAAAGGCUUUAUUAAUUUGGAACAAAAUCAAUAUUUCAACAACAUGAUGGAUUUGAAGACAGUGAAGAACUCUGGUGCUGUCCAAAUGCAAGGGAAAAAGAUGGAAUAUAGCAGAUCAUUCACACAAGGGCAUAGCAAAAAGAUGAUAUCAAUGAGUUAUUUCAGUUUAGAGUCAGUGAUUUUGCUACUUUGUCUCACAGCAUCUUUGUUACUUCUGCCAUUGGUCCUUCCACCAUUGGCACCACCACCUUUGAUGCUAUUGCUAGUCCCAAUUUUUAUUCUUGUUGUUCUAUUGAUCUUAGCUUUUAUGCCUUCAAAUGUUAGAAAUGUAACUUAG